CAGUCCUCCAGAGUAUACCUAAAUUCUGCUUUCCUUUUGACAUUACAAGGGUAACGCAAGUUGGACAACAUUUUACUUUUGUGCUUACUGACAUUGAAAGUAAGCAAAGAUUUGGAUUUUGUCGUUUAACAUCAGGAGGCAAAGUAUGUCUAUGCAUUCUAAGUUAACUGCUUGUGUUCAUGGGUCAGCCGCAUUGCUAUAUCCAAUGUACUGGCAGCAUAUAUACAUCCCGGUGCUCCCACCACAUCUCCUGGAUUAUUGCUGUGCACCAAUGCCUUAUUUGAUUGGAGUUCACUUCAGUUUAUUGGAGAGAGUCAAAAGUAAAUCACUGGAGGACGUGGUGAUGCUAAAUGUUGACACAAACACAUUGGAAACACCAUUUAAUGACCUGAGCAAUCUACCAAGUGAAGUGGUCUCGGCCUUGAAAAAUCAACUGAAGAAGCAGUCCACAGCUACUGGUGAUGGAGUAGCCAGGGCGUUCCUCAGAGCUCAGGUGGCCUUGUUUGGUUCAUACAGAGAUGCACUAAGAUACAAACCUGGAGAGCCUAUCAUUUUCUGUGAGGAAAGCUUUAUCAAACAUCGUUCCAGUUCUACUAAGCAUUUUCUGGAAACUGCAGUGAAUCUCCAACUUUUUAAACAGUUUAUUGAAGGUCGACUUGCAAAGCUUAAUGCAGGAAAAGGAUUUUCCGAUAUAUUUGAAGAAGAAAUCUCAUCAGGAAGUGGAGGAAAUUUAAGAACAUACCAUCAGUGGAUGCAUACUGUGAAGAAAGGAGGAGCCUUGAUCAACACAGCAGUGAACAAAGCUACUCCAGCUGUGAAAACAGCAUACCAAUAUGCAAAAAAUCAUGCAAAACAGGGAAUAAAAGAGGUGAAGAGUAAGUUGAAACACAAGGAAAGAGAAGAUGACUAUGGAAUUUGUAGCUCAGGUUUUUCACAAUAUGCUCCAUUCUGUACCUUUCAUAAUUCUCCAAGAGAGAACACAGAAAAAAGGCGACUUGCACAGGCACGCUUUGGGCAUUUUCCGACCAAUAUGCAUAAUAAUGACUCUGCCUUGGAUGAAGAUGCUGAUGAUGAACUAGACCCAGGAAGCAAAUUGUCAUCGGAAGACAGUGAGGAAACAUCUUACUAUUUGUAUGACAGUGACGACUCUGGGGAAUUAGCCAAAACGUCUGUUCCUCCUGGAGAAAUGGACCUGCUGGGAGAGAUUUUGGAUACACUCAGUACACAUAGUUCCGAUCAAGGGAAGCUCUCGGGGGCAAAAAGCUUGGACUUUUUUCGAUCGAUGGAUGACAUUGACUACAAGUCAAAGAAUAAAUCCAAUACUCCAAGUGAGAGCAAUCUUGCCCUACUCUGUAGUGGUUGGACAUCUGACCUGGCUACUUCAAAUCAGCGACAAGAUAACAACAUCCUCACUGAGAGGAAGCUUCCUCAAUCACCUAGGAAACACGUUCCUUCUAGCGGUUAUAGAGAAUCUGUUUUUGUGCUAAAUAAAGAAAACCCUAACCUUACCUCCAGUGCUGAUGACUUGAGCUCGCCUAAUAAUCAUCCAAAAUCUCCAGAUUCACCCCAGGAAACUAUGCAGGAACAUUCUCUGGAAACUUUGCAACUGAAGAGUAAGUGGAAUGAAACACUAAGCAGGACCUCUGCAGAUGAGAAGUCACCAAGCUUGAGUCGAAAUCCAUCUUUCCUCGUUCCAUGGGAGAGGGAAACCCAAGAUGGAAAUGAAAUUCAUGAAGAAGGUGGGCUUCUUCAAGAAGUGGUGUCAUUAUGUAAACUGACUUCUGCUUUCAAUCAAGGUUUAAACAUUUCAGGGGACAAGUUUUCCAACAGCAGUGGGAAUAAAACGUAGGAAUAUUUAUUUAUUGAGAGAUUACACGCGUGGUAAAUGACUAAAGGAAAACAACUCAGGAUAUCAUAAAAAGGAAAUAAGAGAUCUUCAGGUUUUUUAAUCUUUAGUUUUAGUUGGCCUUAUUUUUGUGUUUUUAUCCUUUUAUUUUGAGCCUAUCUCCUUUUAAUAUAUUUGCUCCACUUCAGUUCACAAUAUAAGCUUGCAUUUGGGAUGGGGCUGUAUAAGAGAACCAGGUUGAUCUAGUGGUUAAGGCACCAGACUAGAAACCAGGAGACUGAGUACUAGUCCCACCUUAGCCAUGAAAGCCAGCCGGGGGACUUUGGACCAGUCAUUUUCUUUCUCAGCCCAACCCACCUCACAAGGUUGUUAUUGUGGGGCAAUAAGAGGAGGAAGGAGUAUUAGGUAUGUUGUUGAGUUAUUUAUAAAGGCAGGAUAAAAAAAAAAUCUAAAGAGAAAAUAUGUUUACAAACAUGUUUAGCAUGCAGUCAGUUACAGCUUCAUCCUGGACAUUUCCAGUUGUAUUUCCAGCUGCCAUGUAUAAAAACCUGAAAGUCACUGCCAGUCAGUAUAUGCAAUACUGAGUUCAGGUAACAUGCCAUCUUAACUAAAGCAUUCUAGAAUCAUGGUACUAGCUUGAUUUCACAUUUAAGCCACAGCUGGUCUGUGUCAUGAAAUAGUUUUUAAUCAUUUCCUUUUCCUAUAUGCAAAAAGAAAUGUAUCAGACAGACACAUUUAUCCUUCUACAGUAUACCAGAAACCAAGAAAUGUAGCAUGACUAUUCUGGAACUUCAUACAUGAUCUGAAGGCCUUAAACUGAGAAGCGCAAAUUUAAAUACCUUAAAGGCUGAACUGUAAAUACUUGGGGGGGGGGGGGAAGCCACCAUUAUUUCAUAGCUGCAAAUGUGCUUGAGUAAAAAGAAAUGCAGCCAUUUAUCAAACAAUGGAACUCUUAAGUUUACGGAUGAUCACCAGUGUAAUAUUGUUUAUGCAGUGGUUUUAGUAAACUUGUGAGAACUUUGUUAAAUGUGCUGACAUUGCCAAGCACUACUUAUCAGUAAGAUGAGAAUUCUAAUACGUGUUUGUUCCACUUGAAGUAACACCCGUUAUUAAUGAUUGCUUGGGAUUUAUUAUAAAAUAUAUUGGUUUUAAUUUUUAGCAGACAAUGCCCCUGUCUUCCAGACUCUGAAAAAUGGUACUGUAUAUAUAUUGAAAUUUUGAAAUGCAGCAAAAAGUUUACAACUGCUUUCAGAACUUAUUCACUGAAUAUAUUUUACAUUUUGGUUUUCUUGAAAUACAUAUUUUGACCACAUUUGGAAUUUUAAUGGAAUGAACCUUUGAAAGAUGUAAUGUAUUUUAAUCGAAAAUAAUCUGUUCUUCUGGAGAUCAUGCUCUUUACAGAUAACUUUUAACAUGUUUGUAAAGUCACUGGGUUGUUGUCAAGUGUGUUGCCUAACCAAAUUCUAUACUUUUAGUUUUUUAAACAAAGGAACAGUUGCAGUAAAAAGAGAAAUACAAUAGACUCAUGGUGCAAAUCCUUUUUGGUUUUAGGCAAAUGAGUCAAAGAACCACCACAAUUUCUAGCAUUUAGGUUUAAUUUGUGAAGAGGAUGCAAUCCAUCUAUUACAAUCUUCCUACCAAUCACUGACAGCUUUUGAAAAUUGUCUUCUAAAGAAUUUAUUCAAAAUUCAGUCAUCUGGUAUACAUAUAUCAAUGUUUAAAAGCUCCUUCAGAUUUGUCACUAGAUCAGAUAUUUUGGAAAUGGUCAGAAGUGGUUUCUAGAUAUAUGUAUAAAACAGUUGACAGACUUUUAGGUCCUAUGGAAUAGUGGUCCCCAACCUUUCCAGCUUGGCAGUCCGGCGGUGGGAGAGAGGAAAUGGUUCUGUGUGAGAGGUAAGCGCACAUACAAGUGCACACAGCUCCAUUUGUGCAAGUGGUGGGUGCGCGUGAAUGCCCGCCGCUCACGCAAAUGGAGCUUUGCACAGACGCACACCGAUCAUGCAAAUAGAGCUUUGCAUGCAUGCCCACUACUCGUGCAAAUGGAGCUUCGUGCGCGUGCAUGAGCCCACCACUAGCACAAGUGGAGCUGUGUGUGGGCUGCCUCCUGGGCAUUGGGGACCCCUGCUAUAGAAAGGUCAAUUGAAUGUUCCCCCCCCCAGCACUUAUUUUCUAGAAUGCAAGGUUCUUUCUCUAUUGUAUUGUACCGUUUAUUCGUUCUCCAAGUCUGAAGGUUUAUCCAAAACAUGUUUCACUGUCUCCUAUACAAGUUUCAUUUUGCAAAAGAAGAAAAACUAUGCAUAUGCAAACUUUCCACAGCAAUUAUAAAGUGCUGCUUCUUCUUCUUUUUUU